AACGGAAGGGAAGGGAGGGAGAUAGAGAGAGAGAGAGAGGUGGUGAGGUCCUGGUUAAAGUCAAACCGGGGCUGCCCCCGCGCUCGUGCUCGUGCUUGCGCUCGCGCUCCAGGCGCACUGGCAAUGCGAAGAUGUCCGUGAGCUACCUGCUGGAGAGGGACAGUGGCGGCGGCGCUGGAAGCAUGUACGGGAAUCCGGUGAGGCACGUGAACCUGAGCAUGGGAGCCCACCAGGGCGUGUACCCCUCUCCCCCUUACUCGGACUACGGCGGCUACCACCACCACCACCACGUCGCCGCGCUCGAGCACCAGCAGAGCGGCUGGAGCCCCGUGUACGGCGCGCCCCACGACGAGUGGCCCCUGUACGGCCACGGCUCAGCGCACACGUACCCCGGCCUGGGCCCCAGCGGCGUGGGGCUGGUGCCCGCUCCGGAGCAGAGGAGCCUGCCGACCGCCGGAGCUCCGAAUCCCGCCGUGCCUCCGGCUGCUGCUGUUAAUCCGCACCUCUCCCCCCUCUCGGAGAGAGAGCAGGCCGAGUGGAUGAGGCGCGGCCCACCUGCGACCACAGGAGGGAAGACCAGAACGAAGGACAAGUACCGAGUGGUAUACAGUGACCACCAGCGGCUAGAGCUAGAGAAAGAGUUCCACUUCAGCCGCUACAUCACCAUCAGGAGGAAGGCAGAGCUGGCUGUGACUCUUAACCUCUCAGAACGACAGGUAAAGAUCUGGUUCCAGAACAGACGUGCCAAAGAGAGGAAGAUCAACAGGAAGAAGAUGCAGCAGUCCCAUCAGGCCUCCACCACCACAGCCACCCCACCCACUGUCACCCACGAUGUCCAUGGGAACGUUGCUAUAGUCGCUAGCGCUAGCAACAGCUUGUUGACGGACACGUUAUCUACCACCAUCAAAGAAGAAUACUAAAAACUGCUGAUAGCAGAGGUGGAACACUUGAAGUGAAUGUUAAACAAAAUAAACGUUUACACUACACCCUCACUGAUGCUGAAUAAACCUAUCAUAUCACACUGAACACACAAGAGAAAAAAGCAGCCACUGCUACACGAGUAACAACAAAUGAAGCACAGUAUUUCUAUUGUUUUGUCGAUAAUCAACAUGAUUAAGGAGAAGCCCAAGAGUGGAGAAUAUGCAACUCUUACUGGUUCAGAAAGCUGUAAUUACUAAUAAUGUGCCUUUUUAGAUGACAAUAUUGGAUGUGCUGGAAUUGCCGAUGUUUGAAAUGUUGUUUGAAGUGUGUAAAACCUUUUGUACUAUUUGCUAGACUAAUGAAAACUAUGCAGAACAAGUGAAUAAAUUAGAAAUGCCUGAGCAAAACUUUUCCUACUGCUUUCACCUUGUGCACCAUCCAGGAGCCUUGUGUAUAGACUAAAAUGACAAUUUGUAACACAUCGAUAAUGAAAAUGUAUAAUAAUUUUGUACUAUAUCAUUACAGCACAAGAUUUAUGAUGAAUCAUUGAAUUCUUUCAAGUUGGAAAGGACUCCAUAAGUUGUAAUGGACUUGUGCUUAUUGUGUUUGGUCUUGUGCUGAAUGCCCAUAGUGGUUCCAUGGUGAUGCCAGUGGAGAUGAUGGUAAAUAAUUGCACUGUUGUCAUGUGAAAAGGCUGGCUGUUGAACACCUGGUGCGGAUCAUGAGACGAUGUGGAGAGAUCCUCCGGGCUGAGUAGUUACUUUGACCCGUCAGUUGUUAAGAGCUGGGUGUGUCGCGGCCAAAGUUGCUCCGUUUGUGGCGUAGUCAGAUGAUUCACCUCAAUUAAAGACACAAGAUACAUGAGAUUUUUUAACUGUUGACUCCUCUUGCCACGUCAUCAAAAUCAACCUUUGCUUUUGUGGUGAAUGAUUGAUUUCACAAUUACACUCAGAGUACUCAGGUAACUGUGUGUUGUGUGUUUGGAAACACAAGAGUAAACUACACUGUAAAAUAUGGGUUAUAGGUUGAAAAGGACCUUAAUGCAUUUUACCUCACUAUGUUUUUAUUAAACACAGUACUGUGCAAAAGUCA